AUGUUGCUACGUACUUUGUCUGUUUUGGACAGAUUCCGGCACCUGCGCCUCAAACAACGGAAGCUGAGAGAUUACGCCAGUGAGAUGGUCGACCUGCCCAAGGUAAACCAACCACACCACACAGUAGGCUAGAACAACUCACGCAGAGCUGUGUCGACAUGUUUGACACACACACACACACACACACCAUGCGCAGGAUAACCCAGUUCCAGGUAAUAACCACACUCUUACACAGACCAUUAUCCAGUAUAUUAAGGUUGCUGUGUUAUUUAUUACUAGGUGUUGAGACACAUAAAAUGUCUGUAAAAGACACAUAAAACUCUAUAAAACGGCCAUGAGGUCUAGCAGAAGGUUCAAGUCACUCUGUGAUGUAAUCCUAGAGUCAGAGCUUUUUACCUAAUGGGCAGUAUACCUGGCAAAGAAUGCACAACUAAAGAAAAUGGCUAUAGUUAAUGGGUUGUGAGCGCUUCUAUUAAUUAAAUUGAUCUAUAUAUUUGUGCAAGUCCAGCUCAUAUGUAUAUCGAACACAGGAGCAAAUUUAUGAAGAGGAAACAGUCACAGGAGCCAGUAUUUAGGAGGGAGAUAUGUACAUGUGACGUAUGUGGUUCCCCUCAAUGUUUUAACUACCCUAGGGAGUUGUUCCCCCAAGAAAGUUGCCACUGUCACCCUCAGCUCAUCCGGGGUUAAGUCUGGGUUUAUCUGAAUUCCAUGUCUGGAUUUUGUUAGGCAUGCUUGUGCUGUUACGACAAAUAACUUUAUAAAAAGCACAAAACAACUAGCAUUGGAUGAAUGGAUUAAUUGUCUGUUUGAUUGUUUGUUUGGUUGAUUGAUGGUGAACAGAUGCAGAUGAUCAUGUGCGAUUUGAGUGCCAACUGGAACAACUCGUACCGGGAGCUGGAGCAGCGCAUCAUCUCCAUGGAGCAGAAGUUAGACGAGCUGGGCCACUGCUUCCAACAGACCUCUGAGCUGCUGGCACAGGCCCUGCGCUACCGCAACCCUGAAAUC